CCUCGCCUCCUAGUGAGACCCCACGUGCACCAGGGAGUGAAAGGAGGCCUUGGCACCCAAUGGAGAAAAGCGAGAAGGCAAAAAGCCGUGACAGGCAUGAGUCACGUUUAUAUGCCAGGGCCCCUGUCGAGAGCAUUUCCUGCAUUGCCUCUCCUGUACAUCUUUGUUAAAGUGCGGAAGGUAACUCUCGCCCUUGCUAAGAGCUUGGGCUCGAGGGAUGGUGGGAGUCAAGGCGUGUAAAGCUCACGCAGAAAGUAGUAUUUAAUGUUGCUACUGCUUGUCGCUAUUUCACAGGUUAGGAAACGGUACAGCCUGGUUAAGCAACCUGCCCACAGUCUCAGAGCUAGGGGAGUGGCUGACCAGAUCCAAAGCAGAGGUCAGUCUGACUCCAGAGGCAGACUCUGGAAGAAGGAAAACAGUUCAUUGGAAUCUGAGUGAAAAAAGGUGUCUUUGACCCAGGACAGAUUUUCUUUUUCUUGGCUGCUUGUCUUUUGAGUCAGGGGUUAGAGGUUGCAUUUACACGUUUUUGGAUUUGGACACAAGAUCAAGGGGGAACUACCCUCAGGUUUGGUUCUGCUAUGGAAUUUCUCUCCUAAAUUCGACAACCAUCUACUUCUAUUUCAGACUUGCUGAAGUCAGUGGCUCCAGGAUCAAUGGGUGUAGGCAUUUAGAGAAGUACAACAAGUUAUUUAAACUCCCAAGAGUUACUCUUGAGUAGCUAUAAGAGAUGGUAGUAUCUGUGUAAGUUUGGGAUGUUGCCUAGGGUUUCUGGAGACAGGAGGCAUGGAACAGAGAGGAAUGGCCCAGGGAAUGUGGCAAUGGAAGAAUGGUUCUAUCAGGUUAUUGACAUCAGUGUGCCUGGCUCUGUGCUGGGUGCUAGCGUGCAGCGUUGAACAACCUGCACAGGCCCUUUGUUCAUAGAGCUUAAGUUCAUUAUUUGGUAGGAGAAGAAAUGCCUUUCACAUGAGGUUGGCAGUGUUGACUGGCAAAAAAUAACUCUCCAAGUAAUCCACAAAAGAAACGGUUUAUUCGGGAAAAGGAAAAAGAAACGAAAACGGCCACCGCAGUGCAAGAACGCACACCUCCUACACCGGGCUCCAACCGGCAACCCACGUGCAGGAAGAUAGACCCCGGAUUCCAAGACGGCUAAUCCCUUUAUUCUGAUCCCUCCCCCCAGAAAUUACCAUAAGGAUAAAGGGAUGUCAGGAUUAUAGUGUUAACAAGGGGCCCAGCUCCACCCAUAGUCCUCCCAGCUCUAUGGUUAAGCAUCUUAAGAUGCCAGUUCAAUUUAUCAGCAGCAUAUUUGCCCAAGUGACUCCCUAAGUUGCUGUGCUUGGAGCCCAACCCUGGACCAGGACAUGAGAUGCCUCAGCAGUGGAAUCCAUUUUCUAUCCAGCCACAACUUAGUGCCAUUACCCCAUGGUACCUAUCAGAUAUGUCGGCCAGGUGGAGAGCUGUCCCUGUCCAAAUCCUAUUCUUCUGGAAGCAGAAAAGGCUUUCUGUCCGGCUUGCUAGAUAACAUCAAACAAGAAUUAGCCAAAAACAAAGAAAUGAAAGAAAGUAUAAAAAAGUUCCGAGACGAGGCCCGGAAGUUGGAAGAGUCAGAUGCACUCCAGGAAGCCAGGAGGAAAUACAAAACAAUUGAAUCCGAAACUGUGCGGACAAGCGAGGUGAUUAAGAAGAAGCUGGGGGAGAUUACAGGCACCGUGAAGGAGAGUCUUGACGGAGUCAGUAAAAGCGACCUUGGCCGGAAAAUCAAGGAGGGUAUGGAGGAAGCAGCCAAGACCGCCAAGCAGUCAGCCGAGACGGUGUCCAAGGGCGGGGAGAAGCUGGGCAGGACCGCGGCCUUCAAAGCCCUCUCCCAGGGGGUGGAGUCAGUGAAGAAGGAACUCGACGACAGUGUCCUGGGCCAGACCGGGCCCUACCGGAGGCCCGAGCGGCUCAGGAAGAGGAAGGAGUUUGCCGGAGAGAAGUUCAAGGAAGAGAAAGUGUUUGAGCCCAAUGAGGAGGCCCUGGGGGUCGUGCUGCACAAGGACUCCAGGUGGUACCAGCAGUGGAAGGACUUCAGGGACAACAAUGUGGUGUUCAACCGGUUCUUCGAGAUGAAGAUGAAGUAUGACGAGAGUGACAACGCGCUCAUCCGGGCCUCCCGCGCACUGACAGACAAGGUCACAGACUUGCUGGGGGGCCUGUUCUCAAAGACCGAGAUGUCAGAGGUGCUCACGGAGAUCUUGCGUGUGGACCCUGCCUUUGACAAGGAGCGGUUCCUGCAGCAGUGUGAGAAUGACAUCAUCCCCAACGUAUUGGAGGCCAUGAUUUCUGGCGACCUCGACAUUCUCAAAGAUUGGUGCUAUGAAGCUACCUAUAGCCAGCUGGCCCACCCGAUCCAGCAGGCCAAGGCUCUGGGCCUCCAGUUCCACUCCCGUAUUCUGGACAUUGACAACGUCGAUCUGGCCAUGGGCAAGAUGAUGGAGCAGGGGCCUGUGCUGAUCGUCACCUUCCAGGCUCAGCUGGUGAUGGUGAUCAAGAACCCCAAAGGCGAGGUGGUUGAGGGCAACCCGGACAAGGUGCUACGUAUGCUGUACGUGUGGGCACUGUGCCGGGACCAGGAUGAGCUCAACCCCUAUGCGGCCUGGCGGCUCUUAGACAUCUCCGCUUCUAGCACAGAGCAGAUCCUCUGACCAUGGCACCACAACCUGGUCUUUGGGGCUGGAUCAUCACACGGCAGCCACAUGGGGUGGGACCGAUGUCCACCUGUGGCAACAGACCUCUGGACAAGACUGUUGGCUCUUCCCUGCUCUUAUCCAGGGCAGCUGCAGAAACAGCUGGACAGGGAAGUGCCCGUGGCUGCCAAGGGCUGCUCCCCACAGUGCCAGCCCCUGCACCGCCCUUUGCCCCCAAAGGGCUGCUGGCCAGCAGGUCACCAGGGCACACGGCCAGACAGUGAGUGCCAAGAGACCCUUGUCCAGGGACUCCUCUGGGGUCAGCGUGGUGAGGCCCACUGGCCACAUCAACCAGGCCGUUUUAGCUCCAUUUUAAAAAAAAUUUAACAGUGCCCUUAUUAUCCUGUAUGUAUGUCUGAGCUUUGGAAAUGAUAAUAAAACACUGAAGUUCAGGAGAGCAA